AACGUCCAUCACGAAGCUAAGCUUCAAGGUCAAUGCAAUAUGCGUGUCAUCAGCAAGGUCACGGGAAUUCUUUGGAGAAAUGCAAGCGCCGAAGAAAAAGAGAUGUACGAGGAGCUCGCCAACCGAGUUAGCAUUGUUUACGCUCAAAGAUACCAUGGCGAAGAGCCUCAUCAUUACUACCAUCAAAACAUGCCCGAUCCUUAUUUACCUUACCAUAUAGUUCCUCAGCAUCUUAACCGUCUCUCUACUUCCUUUCAACCGAGUUAUCAUACGAUGAUACAUGAAUAUGAUUUCAACGGAGAUCAU